ACUUAAAAUAAAAAUCAUUUACGAUUUGUUUUCCUAACGAAUGUGUUUAUAACGACAAGAACAUGUUAUUUUGUAAAAUACGUAUUCUAAUGUUCUCCUGUAUGAUGGGACAGUUGCAAAGUGACAUGAUUUCCAUGCCUUUAGUUGAUAACAUUGGAGCAACCCUAAAAGCCGAUUUGGAUGUAACCAAGAUGAAUAAAUACUUGCAUGAAUAUAUUCAACAGGAAGUUAGCAUAGGCGUCUUGAAGGCCAUGGGAGAAACGGUCGAGAAAAUGGUAGAAAAUAAAACGCAUGCUGUCCAAACAGAACUUGAAGCAAAAAUUGCACACCAGAUGAACCAGUUUGAAAAGAAAGAUAGAGAAAUGUAUGCCCUUUUCGCACAUCUGUCCUCGAGAAAGGAAUCUCUGAAUGAUGAAACGGUGGUUAUAUUUGACAAAGCACCACUCAACGUCGGUGGUGGAUACGAUACUGCAAACGGAAAGUUUACAUGCAAAGAUGACGGUCUGUACUUUUUUUCUUGGACAACGCUAUCACAACCGAGAAAAGAUUUUACAAGUGCACUUUUUGUGAAUGGGGACGGCAUAGCAGAAAACAUUGUAGAUAAUGAUGAAACUGGCGAUGCGAUGACUGGGUCCAACAGUGCUGUAGUUCGAUUGAGAAAAGGAGAUUUAGCCUGGAUAGGUGUUGUGGGAAGCGAAGGAAAUUACAUCAGAUACACAUGGACAAAUAACAUUCCUGCAUCUGUAUUUACAGGAUUUAAAAUUUACUGACGUAGUUGAUACGCAUUAUGCUCAUAUAUUGUCAUAUAUGACUAUAUAGAAUGUACUUGCAAAUAUGUAAUUAUUGAUUAAAAGACUUUUCAAUUAAAUCGAA